GCCGUCAUGUCCUCUAACCGACUAUGCUACCUUUCUCCAUUUUCUCUUCGGAUAUCGCUACAGACGGGGUCACAUUAAGUCAUGUCCCAUGUUUCUGUCGUUGACGAUGUCUCUACAGACGAGAAUGUGCCCAAUCUCGCUGAACCACAAUCUUACAAUAUUAACUGGAUCCUUUUGCGCACAUGGUCAAGAAUGCACCAGACAGGGUGGUACCGUUAUUGAAGAGAUUGCACUCCCAGAGACAUCUCAAACGGUACGCGUUAGUUGAUAAAAUUCAUAGGACGCUGUACACCUCUUUCCGUACCAUUACUAGCUUUCAGCGUUCCUCGAGAGCAGCCUUCCAAAUAUCUUAGUUGAUAUCGUUGCUGAGGCUCCGUUUUAUGGGAGGUUUCGCCUUGAUGAGGCUGUUAAUGUGCGUGUUAUCCUGCUUCACACAUCAAUUCUUCUCACAGUCUGGAGAUGCGCCUUCCAUAUUUCACGCUUGUUGUACGGUUGUCUCAAACACAUAUACGAGUCCCUUGGUUAGAAUCAUGUCCAAGGUCUACGAUGCGUCACUUGUCUGCUCUCCAUUGCACCGAAGCUUUGGAAGAUGAGAUUCCUAUGGAAUUUUUCUAUUGUCUUGUGAGUAUGUGCUAAACCCAUGCACCGAGACACGCCGAGAGACCACCUUCAUUCUGUACGACAACGUAGGUUUGCAACGUUAUGUUUUAUCAGAGCUUUCUUUCUGGGUCGCCAUACCACUCAUACUGCUCUCAACCUAGACGCGGAAGUUACAGGAAUGAGGUUCCUGCGUUUAAAUAGUGUGGCUUACAUUGCGAUCGAAAUACAUCAUUAACCUUAGACCGAAACGACCCUGGCGAACUUGAGCUUCAGCUGGGUCGGAUGACAAGUCCUAUUCACAAAAACAUCUUUAUUCAAUAACAAAUCUAUUCACAAAGACAAAGCUUUGUAUCCACCCUGGUCUUCUGACGAAUACCUAGAGCCCAGAAGCGUCACUGACGAUUGACUUGCACAGUUUCGCUUUUCACGGACGCAGACCAUGACCUUGCCUCAUUCGUAUAGUCCUCAUGCCCAGCUUUGAAGCCCACCCGCAUUUCUACGUGGUGACCCCUGAUCGUCGCACAUGCGUCCAACCGAACUUCUAAAGAAGAACAGGGACGAUAGCUGCAUGGCUACACGACUCUCCGUUUUAAACCUCAAGAGUCCUAGAAGCCACUUACGCUUUCGUAGCCGUGACAUUAGCAUGCAGAAUUCAAAGUUUGCUUCUGGAUCCUACACCAAAACUGCCAAACGUAUUCAAUAGCAUGCCUGAUAUCGAUUUCAAUAGCUCGCCUGCCCUUACUAGACAUGAAGACUACUAUUUCGAAGAUGGGAAUCUCAUCAUACUGGUCGAAAACACACUUUUCAGGGUCUUCCGCUCGACUUUCACAAGACAUUCCGCAACGUUCAGCGACCUCUUUGACCUUCCGCCUGCUAACUGCGAAGGCACCGUGGAGGGAUCCGUGGACUGGAACCCAAUAAUUCUGUCCGGUAUUUUGGUUGUCGAUUUCGAACGACUACUAUGGGUGUUGUAUCCUCCAUCGUAUGGAAUACACAAAGCUAGCACCAUCGGGGAAUGGUUGUCCAUUCUAGAUCUAGCCACUCGCUGGGAGUUCACGUCCGUCCGUGAACUGGCCAUCCGUGAACUUCAAACCCUGCAUGUCUCUCCAGUGGACUGUAUAGCCAUAUGUCAGAAAUAUGACAUCGCAAAUAGCUGGACACUCGCAGCGUAUGUAUCCCUUUGCGAGCGGCCGGAACCACUCACAAUGUCCGAGGCCAACCAAAUUGGCUUGGAAACUGUUGUACGCAUCGCUGAAAUUCGAGAGCGAUUACGUUCAACGAAUAGUCUCACAAACUAUCGCACUCCCACUUGUGCUGCUCUUCGGAGGACAGAGCACGUAUCCGGCGCAGGAUCGAAAACGACUGUUUCCGGAAGGCUGCAAUGGGACAUCGGGGAGAGCUUCCUGGAUCAAGCACGUAUCCCCCCUCCACGGGUUAUGAGUAACAAAGGCUCUGCUAUAAGACCUCUUCGACCUAUGCCUGUGAGGUCCGUCCGUUUGGUCGCGGAAGCCUUUGGAUUACCAUUAGGAUCAUGCAAUUGAAUAGCCAUUGAUUCAGAGGAUGGCUGGACUGUCUUCUUUUUGAUAUAGCUAUGCAACCGUACGCCAAUAAUGUCAUAACUGUCAGUUUUGAGUAGCAUUGUGCAUGGACAAUGGUAGGCAAGGUUGAUAGGCGAGAACGGAAGGUCCGGCGUUUGUGCGUUCGCAUCAAAAUAAUCAUCCUCACCUCCUC